AUGUCUAGAGGUAAAAGAAUCAUGAAAGAAUUACAAGCAGUCAAGGACGACCCAGCUGCGAACAUUGAGUUAUAUUUUGUCAAUGAGUCCGAUAUCCAUCAUUUAAAAGGUACGUUUCUAGGCCCACCGGGCACACCGUAUGAAGAUGGUAAAUUUAUUGUAGACAUUGAAGUUCCGAUGGAGUAUCCAUUCAAGGCGCCAAAGAUGCAAUUUGAUACGAAGGUCUAUCAUCCAAAUAUAUCGUCUGUGACGGGUGCGAUCUGUUUGGAUAUAUUGAAGGACGCAUGGUCUCCAGUAAUAACAUUGAAAUCUGCUUUGAUUUCAUUGCAAGCACUUUUACAGUCACCUGAACCCAACGAUCCACAAGACGCAGAGGUUGCUCGUCAUUAUUUAAAGGACAGAGAAUCAUUUAAUAAGACUGCCAAAUUAUGGACCAAAUUGUAUGCUAGUGAUAGUGAUAAGGAUAUUGAUGGUAAUGGUAAUGGCAAUGGUGAGGAUAAUGAUGGUGGAAAUAAAGAUAGAGAUGUUGACGAGGCAGAAUUGUAUGGGAUAGAUUCCGAAGUUGUUGAGGAGUUUAUAUCUCAAGGAUUUGAGAAGGAUAAAAUUGUAGAAGUGUUAAGACGAUUAGGUAUUAAGUCGCUUGACCCAUCAGAUAACGAGACAGUGAACCGCAUUUUAGAAGAAUUGUUAAAAUAA